AUGGGGGUGUUAAAAUUAAGUAAACUCCGCCGCUGCCGGCCGUUGCCGCCGUCGCUCCACCAUUUCGUCUGCCAUUAUUCCUCAUCCUCUUCGCAUUCACUAUUGACUAGCUCAACCAGCCGCCACUACCACCAGUACAGUAACAACCCUGGAUGCUCGUGGGAGCUGCUCCGCCACUCAUCUCCUGAUUGCUUAUCUUUUAAUCGGCGGUUCUCGGCCGAUCCCGGCUUCUCCAAAUCGGACGAGCCUCCCCUCCCUGUCGAAGCUGCUGAACAGGACGAGCCGUUUCUCGCUGUUCAAGCUGUCAUCUCGGUGCUCGAUUAUUACCAUGAUUUGACCGAAUUUCCAUGGUGGAUAGUGAUCUCAACAUCUACUUUGGCAAUGAGACUUGCAUUGGUUCCUAUAACUGUGGUUCAACUUAAAAAAAUGAGGAGGUUAGGAAUGCUGCUACCUAGACUACCUAGACCAUUCCCACCGCCUCAGUCAGGACGAGGUUUCUGGGACCAAUUUGCCCUUUUCCUUAAGGAGAAGAAGGCAGCUAGGUGCCCGUCAUUGUUUUGGUUCAUCUCCUCAUUUGCUUUUCAGGUCCCUUGCUUUUUAUUGUGGAUUUCAAGUAUCCGUAGAAUGUGCUUGGAUCAUCACCCUGGCUUUUAUAGUGGUGGAACUUUAUGGUUCCAGAACUUGAUUGAAUAUCCACACGGUGCAUUAGGACUUCUGUUCCCAUUCUGCAUUGCAGGCUUGCAUGUCGUUAAUGUUCAGUUGUCCUUUGCAAAGUCACCACUUCAGCAGUUACCAGGCCCCUUAGGGUCCUUAGCAAAGGGAUACAAGAAUUAUUUGUUGAUUUUGACUCUGCCUUUGUUGACUGCUACAUUUAGUAUUCCCCAGGGCAGCUUAGUUUAUUGGCUUUCAAACAGUGCAUUGACUUUGAUACAGCAAUUGUGCCUUCGUAGUCCCACUUUACUCAUGUAUUUGGGAGUAAAUACUCCAGUACAAGUACCGACUAUUAAAAAAGAUGGCAGCUCCCAAGUAGCAGAUAUCGCUAUAAUGACAAAGGAAGGAGAAGUACAUGCCCACACGUUAUCACCAGUCGAACUGGUCAAUUACUCUAUCAAAGUUUUAUCUACAGGCCGUGAGGAUAUUGCAAUUAUAUGCCUAAGAAUUGCCCUUGAAAAGGACCCUGGGUUCGUAAAAGCUAUGCUUAUUUUGGGGCAAAUGCUGUUAAAGAACAAACAAUUUGUUGAGGCUGCUGAGUUAUUUGAAACUGCAAUCUCAAAGCUCCUCGUUGAUGGUGAUCCUACAGAAGUCGAAGAUAUUGAUCUUUUGAUUCUUGUAUCUCAAUGGGCGGGUAUUGCUAAUGUGCAGCAGGGCAAGAUGGAGCAGGGUCUUGUGCACCUAGAAAGAAUAGCUCGAAUUAAAGAACCAGAGGAUUCAAAGAGCAAGGCCCACUACUACGACGGUUUUCUCGUUCUUUCAAGUGCAUUAGCGAAUGUUGGCCGCGAAGACGAGGCACUGAAGUACUUGCAGAUGGCUGCUGCUUACGACCCUUCUUACAGUGUGUACAUUGAGCAUUUGAAAAACGAUUCGAAGAAGCCUAGCAGUGAUCCAUCUAGCAGCAUAAAAUAG